AUGGCCUGUGAUACGAAACUUGCAUUUGUUGGUGUGAUUAUUCCACGAAUUGAAAGAACAAUUGCCUUCGUCAUUCAAGAGCUCGAUGAGAGGGAAAGGGAAGAAUUCUACAGAUUAAAGAAGGUUCAAGACAGAAAGAAGCGCAUCAAAGCUGCCCAUGAUGAGGAAUUACUGAAGGAAAAUAUUAAUCCAGAGGAAAUAGAUAAUAUGAUCGGCGUGCCCAACCUCUUGAUUGAUGAAACUGAAGACCAAAUCAUCUUCUAA